AUGGCUCCAGAUACUCCCUACCCGCCGUCGCCCAGCAGUCCGACAAUUUCCACUCCCACGCACUCAACACUCCGCACGUCUGCGAGUGCCGAAUACGUGUCGCUGGCACAGCUUCAGCAAACUUUGGAAGAGCACUCCAGGCACGGGAUUUCGCACCACAGGAGCUAUUCUUCCCUCCCGGCUUCCCUCAAAUUAGAGCUCGGAGUUACCAACUCGAGGCCUAUUACACCUGAAAACGGAGGCGUUUCCCUAGAAGGCACUCCUGAGCUCCCGUCAUCCACGUUCCACGACUUCGACGACGACAUGGAUGCCAUGCCGCAGGCAAACACUGGAGGCGGUGGCCUCGAAAUGACUCUGGUGGCAGACAACGCGCCCGCCCAACUUACGCACAGGCUCAAUAUUGUAGAUGUCCAGCUUGCCGAGAAGUCGGCGCAAUUGGAGGAGAAGAUGCGCGAGUAUCAAGAGCUCAAGGCAGAGUACAGGGAGCUCAAACAGGAAUACAAGGACAUCAAGCAGGAGUACAAGGACAUCAAGCAGGAAUACAAGGAGUUCAAGGAGCAGAGUAAGCAGGAGUACGGCGAGCUGAUGGACGUUGUCCACCACAUGAGGGAAGACUUCCGCAAGGCCAAUGAGGAUCGCCGUAUGCUUCAGGCGCACAACCUCACGCUGCAGAAUGAGAUCCUGUUGCUCCAAGGGGACAUGCGCUUCGUAUUGCGCAAUCAAGAGCCUACACCUGCCUCGACCGGCAAGAAGUUGACCCCUCAGGCCAAGCUCUCGGUCUCGACGGAUGUUGAUAUCACUCCGACUCCCAGCAAGGCCAUUCUUGCAAAGACUUCUCCUGCGCACAGUGGCUUGGUUCCAGUCUCAGAUUCGGCAAGCACUCCCUCUUCGCGCCCUAAGGCAAGCAAUUCGUUCAACCCUGGUUUCGGAACUCAUGGACCGCUCAACACAAGCCCAGCACUCCGCGAGCGCGCUUCGUUCUAUCAGCCCAGCCGCUUCGACGACCCUUUCCAGCAAUCUCCGGUCCAGACCCCGCUGUCUAGCAAGUCUUCUAUGGUGUCUUUGUCUUCGGCCUCGCACCCAUCUUCUGAGAACCUGCAUGCCACUCCUUCCAAGUCCCGCCCGACUUCCAAGGCGCUCAGCUCCACCAACUGGAGACAGCCUCGCUCGCAGCCCUCGCAGCCUCAGCUGGCAAGCCACCCCCAGUCUCCCGAGCGUGCCGACCUCCUCCUCCAGGACGCCCGCAACCAGUACACGCAGCUGCUGGCCAAGAUCGAGACAUGGGCCGACGUCUUCUGCGGCACCAUCCACACCUCUGUCCGCUCCAAGGAGCAGCGCGCCGCGGAAAUGGUCAAGACGCUGGGCUCGCUCGUGGGCAACUUCGACCUGGAGAAGAUCUUCAACAAGCUCGAGUUCCGCACGCUGCUCGUCACGGCCUACGCCAACCGCCGCGUCUUCGAGCGCCUCUUCGCCGACGACGUCGUCCUCGAGCGCUUCGGCGCCGAGACCGUCGCCCGCCUGCUCGAACUCAACGAGCUCGAGGCCGACACGCCGCCGCGCGACCCGGCCCGGCACCGCGAGAUCGCGUCCGACAAGGCUCAGCUCAUGCGCGCUGCUUUCUCCGCUCCGGGCGCCUGGCGCGCUGCUGAGGCGAAGGCGACGGCUGCGGACUUGUGCAACGUUCUCAGCCCCAUCAUCCCCAUCUCCGAGCGCGCUAGCGGCGUGAGGCAGAUGGAGGGCUUGGUCGAGGAGGCGAUUCGUGUGGUUGGUGCUCUGCGUGGCAUCCCGGCUCGCUCCUGGCACUUGGCUUUCGACGCGGCUGGCUCGAGGGUCAGCCUGGCUACCAUGAGCGUGCGCGGCUCCGUCGAGUCUCGUCAGAGUGGUGGUGGUGGUGGUGGUGGUGGUGGUGCUUCUUUGGAGGAGGACCACGCUGUGAUGCUGGGCGUCACGCCGCACCUGGUGUCCAAGCUGUGGACGCCCGGUGGGGUGGCGCCCGAGGAGCUCGUGAAGGCAGAGGUGCUCACUCACCCCGUCGGCAGGAGCUUCUUCGCCCAGCACUAG